UGACCUGACCUGACCGAUUCAAGCCAGCUCCCAAAUAAUCUCCGUCCUUGGGCGUACCCUCUCUUCCUCCUACCUGAUGAGACAGUCCCGAUCACUACUAUCCACCCUCCACCACCACUGUCACCUCAUCUGCCUGCCUGCCUGGCUAAGAGGCCCGACCUUGGCUGCGAAACUAGACUGAGCUGCCUUUUUCGCCCAAUUCCUUCUACUACUGUUCCUGGCUCCAACGAUGACUCUUCCUUGAACCAGCUUCAAACAAGGCGCACCUCGAAACACAAGCCUUUCUGUCCAAAGCUGUGGAAUUCCUCCUGGGUUUUCUAACAGCCUCCGUAAUCUCUCCCUUCGCCAUGACUGUGCUCGAGCCACCACCAUCUCACUAAGCCCAACGUCCAAUAUUAGGAGGAGUCUGUGAGAUCUUGCCGCGAACCUUCUCUUCCCUCCUAGCCGAAUGCUCGUGCUCGGUUUAAGGCUUGCCCUACCACUGUCCAUCAAUCCCAUAGUCGCUCUUUAAGUCGACAAAGCGACAUCAUACGGCUGCGAUACCCGGCCCACCAAUCUCACCUGAGGUGACUCUUGGGUUCUGACCACUCUCAAAACAUUCCAACGUCGCUCCAACCACGUCUUUGACAGGCUUCUAGAGCAACCAUCGAACAACCACACGACCGAUCCUCCACGAACCAAUUGACGGCUUGACCAACCUCGAUUUGCCUCUCUUCCACUCAGAACUUCGCUCCUCUUUGACAGCAGCGUUAGUGUCCAGAAAACUUGAACGUCUGGACUGGCGAGCGGUGACACAACGUCCUGUUGUCGUACGAAACGAUUGCUUGCGACUGAAAGAGCGUCGGGUAUUCAUUUUACCAACACUCCCAGUCUUGCAGAGCUUGACACCCGAUAUACACCGCUACAAGGACGUGGACGCCAAUUUAAUAAUAUACCAGUCUUUACGCGCUCAAGGAUUCUUCACGACAUCCCAGUAUCGUCGUUGGUAAAGAGGCGAAACAGGUGGAAUAUAGCGGUCAUACUCAAGAUUUGACAACUCGUUUUCCCUUUCCGCAGAGGCCAUCUCAGGUCGAAGUUCAGCGCAAUGGUUAGGAAAAAGCCGUUGUUAAUCAAAGCCUGGCCAUUUACACCUGAACCGUCACCUCGACUUGAGCCUGCUAUCUAUAUUCUGGACGAUAUUUCUGAGGAGGAACUUGACAUGUCGGGCGAAGAUGUGGUACGGGCGCGGCCCAUCAGUAUGGUGUCUCGGAGGGAAGGCCUCUUGUCGCCCGGCAGACCCACACUGGAGGAUGUGCUCAACAAUACAGCGCCAUCUCCCUAUACCCUCGCCGCUUUCACAGCAUUUUUAUCACAGCAGCACUGUUUAGAAACACUCGAAUUCACCACCGAAGCAAAGAAAUAUGGCGAGAAGUAUGACGAGGCUUCUGCGCAUUUGGCUGGGAUGCCCUUAACGAGCGACACACAGCAAGGCUGGGAUCUGAUCCAGGAUUGGAUUCGAAUGCUUGAUAUUUACGUUAGGCCUGGCUCGCCUCGCGAAAUCAAUCUACCGGCUGAAGAACGUGACGCCCUCGUGCGGCAACGUUGUGAAGUCAGGCCUCCCCUACCCGAAAAGCUGGAUCCAGCGGUACGGCGAAUGUUCGAUCUAAUGUCGGAAUCCAUUUUCAUCCCUUUCUGCAACAGCCUCAAGCAUUUGCCUUAUGCACAAACCUACAACGCCAUGUCAGAGUAUGCCGGCCACGGCGAUCUGGAACCCGCGCGAUUAACGUUUGACGAACGCACGAUGCACCGUCAUGCGUCACGACGGCGGCGGUCCCCUCCAAACACCUCAGAUGCCUCGUUUCAACCAUCUCGAUCACCACCUCAGCAGCAUAACCGCACUUCUACUCUAUCGUCCGCCCUGGGUCGUCAGAGUGGCAAUCGACUGUCAACGCAUGUUUCGCACUCGUCAGCCGUUUCUGAAAGUGCCUUGACGGAUAGCAGUGGCGGACCCGAAAGCCCUCCUCCUGGUGAGCACGACUCGUCCAUCACACCUCCGACAACGCCGCCUACGAGUGACCUCGGUAUGGCAAGUAUCAGCCACGGCAGCAGCGGUACCUCGCUCCAUCCGAGCAAGUCACAUCGGAGCGAAAGCGGAAGUGGAUGGAAAAAGGCCAUGAAGCUUUUCGGUGGAGGAGGAAAGAAGAAAACCGGCAGUUUCCACGAGGGUGAAUGAGACGUCGGAAACGAGCAACCAAAUGGGCAUUUUUCUUUUUUGUGUUUGAACCACCAUAUCAAAGCGUAUACCAUUCACCACUAUUGGCAUCUCAAUAAGGGACUUGGUUGGACGAGGUGUUGGAAGAGAAAUUGUACGGAAUGGGUUGGGAUCACGAAACGAUCAGAGGCGGCGUACUAUACGGGGUUAUAAAACGGAGGGACCUAAGAAUUUCUUUGAGUGUACCACAGGAAAUGAAUUGAACGGGAGCAUUUUGAGGAUCAAGAUGCGGCUAUGAGAUAUGAAACAUGCAUGCGGCGUUUGGGAAUUGGAUCAUAUUCUUACUUACCUUGCAUCAUGGAUGUACAUGUUUUACAAAACAUGGUUGGGAAUUACCUUUUAUACUCCUUC